AUGUCGUCGCAACAACUCCUCUCCACCCCCGCCCAACACCCCUUCUCACUACCAGGCCUAGCCGACAAACUAUGGAGCACCCUCAUGGAAGGCGCGAUUUCCCGUGUCGGAUGGGGUGCAGUCGUUCGUCUCGCAGAGGGCGGGGUGACAGAACUGCUGAAGAGAAUCCAAAUCGGCGAACUCACAAUCCACACCCCAUCUACGACGUACACAUUCCCCGAACCCUCUCAUGAACGCGACCGCCAGCUUGAACCAGGACAGCACGAGCACGAACACCCCACUGCAACCCUCCGCGUCCUCAAAGACACAUUCUGGCUCCGUCUCUGUCUAACCGGCGACCUCGGAUUCGCCGAAUCCUACAUGUACGGCGAGGUGGAUGUAGAAGGUGGCGCUGAAGGAUUAAUCGAAGUAUUCAAGAUCUUCCUUGCAAACAAACCCCACCUCUCAACCCUCAACGACUCCUACCUCGCCUCCCUCUUCACCUCCAUCCCCCAGAAGCUAACGUCAUGGCGCUUCGUCAACUCUCUAAGCAACUCGAGAUCAAACAUUUCAGCACACUACGAUAUCUCUAAUGAGAUGUUUGCUGGCUUCCUCUCAAAAGACAUGGUCUACUCAUGCGCCAUCUUCCCAGACCUAGACGCGGACCUAAGGAGUCCCCACCGUCACAUCAGACAACCUCUGACCAAGCCCUCUAAUUCUAGAACCACCCUGCCUGGAAUCAAAGGCGAAGUUUUGGCAGGCUCCCACUUCCCUCCCUCUCCACCUCUAACAGACCAAGAGCCCUCCAUCUCAACAUCGCCCUCCCGCUCCGACCAGGCCCCAGAAACACCGGGAAGGGGGACAGCAGACCUUGUCAAAGAGACAUGCGAACGGCUAGGUGCCACCUCGCAUGCUCAAGCAGGCUCAGCUGCCCCAAGUGACGACCACAGCGCUAGAGACGUGGACCAAGACAACAACAAUGACAGCGAGGAGGAGGAGGACAACGACCCCCUCCACCAAGCCCAACUCCGCAAACUAGACUACAUCAUCACCAAACUACGCAUCCCCGACUCUAAUCAUGAUGGCAGCUCGCAGCAACCCAUCAGGGUCCUCGAAAUCGGCGGAGGAUGGGGCGAACUCGCCAUCCGGCUCUGCGAGCGGUACCCACACGUCUGGGUGGACAGUCUUACCUUGAGCUCCAGCCAGCUCGAGUUAGCUCAGGAGAGGGUCCGCGAAGCCUCGCUUCGCGAUUUCGAACGACGGCGACAACGACGACGAUCCUCUGAAUCCCCCUCCCCCUCCUCACAACACCAACACCAACACCAGGACCAGGACCAGGAACUUCCCCCCUACACCCCCCUCUCCACCCGCAUCACCUUCCACCUCCUCGACUACCGCGCCCUCCCACCCCACUGGUCCUCCUCCUUCGACCGCAUCGUCUCCAUCGAAAUGGUAGAAGCUGUCGGCGAACACUUCAUGUCCACCUACUUCCAAACCAUCGACUGGGCUCUCAAACCCCUUACAGGCGUGGGCGUGGUACAGGGUAUCACGAUCCCCGAAGGACGCUGGGAGAGGUACAAAAGCGAGGUGGAUUUCAUUCGCAAGUGGAUCUUCCCAGGCGGCCACCUCCCCUCCCUAACCUACCUCCUCACAUCCCUCUCCCAAGGCUCCCAAUCCCGCCUCACAGUCGACUCCAUAACUAACAUCGGCCCACACUACGCCCGUACCCUCCGCGAAUGGCGCCGCCGAUUCGAGAGCAGAUUCUCAAGUGUGAUUAGACCUGCAUUGGAGAGGGAGUACCCUGAUGUGAUGGGCAAGGAGGAGGAGGUGGAAGUGUUUAGGAGGAAGUGGAUAUGUGAGUGCUACUGUUUUUAA